UGUGUAUGAUAAUUAUAUUUGUUAUCAAGUAGGGGUGCAACAUUCCCUCGUUAUCUUCCUUACCUCAGGCAAGCCAGAAAAGAAUAAACAAUGGCUGAAAUGAGUGUUCCCACAGCUUCACUUCAAUCCUUUCCUAAAUCACCACUCUGCUCGCCCUCAACCAGAAAAUUUAAUUCUUCUUACGACCGUUCAACUAUUUUAUCUCCCAUCCCCAGGUUUUGCUUAAUAUCUAAAUACAAUUCGUUUCGUUUCUGUGCUGCUGCUGUGAAGGCUGCUUCUUCUCCACGGAGAAAUACAAAGGAGCCAAUGCUUCCUCCUUACAAUGUCUUGAUUACAGGUGGUUCCAAAGGAAUAGGCUAUGCAUUAGCUAAAGAAUUUCUCAAGGCAGGUGAUAGUGUCAUCAUUUGCUCCAGAUCAGAUGAAAGAGUUGUAUCUGCUCUUGACAAGUUAAGAGUUGAAACGGGGAAGCAGCAUGUGUGGAUCCCUAUGCAGGGCACGAAGUGUGACGUUAGAGAGGGAGAUGACGUGAAGAACUUAGUUGCCUUUGCGAAGCAAAAGCUUAAAUACAUCGACAUAUGGCAGAUCAACAAUGCAGGAUCAAAUGCGUAUAGCUUCAAACCCCUGGCAGAAGCUUCUGAUGAAGAUUUAAUUCAAGUUGUCACUACAAAUACUCUUGGUUUGAUGAUAUGUUGUCGUGAGGCUAUAAACUUGAUGCAGAAUCAGCCACGAGGAGGUCAUAUUUUUAAUAUUGAUGGGGCUGGCUCAGAUGGAAGACCAACCCCCAGAUUUGCAGCAUAUGGAGCAACUAAGCGCAGUGUGGUGCACUUAACCAAAUCAUUGCAGGCGGAAUUGGAAAUGCAGGAUGUUAAAAAUGUUAUAGUGCAUAAUCUGUCGCCUGGGAUGGUCACGACUGAUCUUUUGAUGUCCGGGGCCAACACGAAGCAGGCUAAGUUCUUCAUUAACGUUUUGGCAGAGCCAGCAGAUGUGGUUGCAGAGUAUUUAGUCCCAAAUAUAAGAUCAAUACCGACCAAUGGAUCAACAAAGGCUACUUACAUACGUUUCCUCACAGGAUUAAAAGCCUAUUCCCAAAUAUUUUCAAGGAUCGCAUUUGGUGCUAGAAGGAAUCGGUAUGUUCUUGAAGAUUAAUGGAUCGAUGCAAUGGGUCCAAAUGGCUGAUAGAUAGGGUUCAAAUUUAUUUCUCUCCUUGCUGAUCUCAACUUGUGUAUAUCAAUGGAAGCCUUACCAUUUUAUACGACGACAAAGCCAUGUAUGGUGUUGAGCUGGAAUGGGUUUACACUUGAAGGAGUAGCUAUAUAUUACUUCUUAUUGACCUACAUAGAUAAAUAACCAAAGGAAAUUUUCUUUUCACCAGAUGUCCAUUUAAAAGCUUUAGAUUCAUUUUAGCGCCAAAAUUAGCGACAGUUUCUUAUAAUAUAUUUAAUACAAUCUUGCUUUUC